CGGCAACCAUCCGGCAGUCCGAGCCGCGCCCCGGAGCUGGUGUGGGGGAGGGGCGGCGGCGCUCGCGCUGCGUCGAGUUUCCCAGAAUUCCCAGCGGCCGCGGGGAAAGUUUACGGGACGUAGGCGGCGGCGGCGGCGGCGGCAGUCGUAGCGGCUAUUAGGCGGCCCGCAGCGGACCAUGACCCUGCGCGGGCGUCCCUGGCUGCUCUUCUCUGAGUUCUCGGGCAGCGUCGUGGAGCGGGCAGACUUCCGGGAAGGAGCGGACAAGAGAUUGAGUGGUGGCCGGCGCGCUUAGCGCCCCGAACAUGCGGCAGUCCCUGUGGGCGACCCCGGGCUGCGGAGAGGCGGCGGCGGCGGCGGCGGCGGCGGCGGCGGCGGCGGCGGCGGCUCGGGAGGGAAGGAGGCGGCGGCGCCGGCGGAGGUGGCGGCGGGGACGCCCGGCGCCCGUCGCGGAGCCCUAGGGCGGCUGCUUGGUGUGGCCUGGGGCCUCGUGGACAAGGAUGCUGUCCCGAAAAAAAACCAAAAACGAAGUGUCCAAGCCGGCCGAGGUGCAGGGGAAGUACGUGAAGAAGGAGACGUCGCCUCUGCUGCGGAAUCUUAUGCCUUCAUUUAUCCGGCAUGGUCCAACAAUUCCAAGACGAACUGAUAUCUGUCUUCCAGAUUCAAGCUCUAAUGCCUUUGCAGCUUCUGGAGAUGGAAUAGUUUCAAGAAACCAUAGUUUCCUUAGAACUCCAAUUCAAAGAACACCUCAUGAAAUAAUGAGAAGAGAAAGCAACAGAUUAUCUGCACCUUCUUACCUUGCCAGGAGUCUAGCAGAUGUCCCUAGGGAAUAUGGCUCUUCUCAGUCAUUUUUAACAGAAGUUAAUUUUGCUGUUGAAAAUGGAGACUCUGGUUCCCGAUAUUAUUAUUCAGAUAAUUAUUUUGAUGGUCAGAGGAGGCGCCCACUUGGAGAUCGAGCACACGAAGACUAUAGAUAUUAUGAAUACAACCAUGAUCUCUUCCAAAGAAUGCCACAGAAUCAGGGGAGGCAUGCUUCAGGUAUUGGGAGAGUUGCUGCUACAUCUUUAGGAAAUUUAACUAACCAUGGUUCUGAAGAUUUACCCCUUCCUCCUGGCUGGUCUGUGGACUGGACAAUGAGAGGGAGGAAAUAUUACAUAGAUCACAACACAAAUACAACUCAUUGGAGCCAUCCUCUUGAGCGAGAAGGACUUCCUCCAGGAUGGGAGCGAGUUGAGUCAUCAGAAUUUGGAACCUAUUAUGUAGAUCACACAAAUAAAAAGGCUCAAUAUAGGCAUCCCUGUGCUCCGAGUGUACCUCGGUAUGAUCAACCUCCUCCUAUCACAUACCAGCCACAGCAAACUGAAAGAAAUCAGUCCCUUCUGGUACCUGCAAAUCCUUAUCAUACUGCAGAAAUUCCUGAUUGGCUUCAGGUUUAUGCUCGAGCUCCUGUGAAAUAUGACCACAUUCUGAAGUGGGAACUCUUCCAGCUGGCUGACCUGGAUACAUACCAGGGAAUGCUAAAGUUGCUUUUCAUGAAAGAACUGGAACAGAUUGUUAAAAUGUAUGAAGCCUACAGACAGGCUCUUCUCACGGAGUUGGAAAAUCGCAAGCAGAGACAGCAGUGGUAUGCCCAGCAACAUGGCAAGAAUUUUUAAGUUAAUUUUUUAAAAAUAAAAUUUAAGUUUUAUUAUAAGGGCUUUAAAAUAUUUUCACAGAUUAAAAAAGAACUGCAAACAAGUACUUUGGUUAAUAAAGGCAGCUUACUUUUUUGAAAUUAUAAAAUUCUAAUUUUACAUGUAUUUUGUUAUUAAAAAUAUUCUUUUAUUGAGAAAAAAAAUGAGUUUAUCAUUUUAAGAGCCAACAUGGCAGACACUUCUAAAUGCUGUAUAUUUGGAAACUGCUUUGAAUAUUCUCGAUGGAGACAAAUGCAACAAGAAAUGUCAUUUAACCAGAUAUUAAAUAGGAAAUGAUCAGUUGCUAAACUCUCACAGUAGCAGUACCUUUCUUCAAGAAACAGAGAACGAGAGAGAUAACCUAUGCAGUAUUUAAAAAAAUGUUUACUGCUUUAGUGUGGAAUAUUGUCUGGAAUUGGAUGGUUUAAAUAUUACCAUUGUAUAGUGCAAAACAUAAAAUGGGAUUUGGGACCUUUAUUGUGAUAAAUUUUUAUAUGUAACGUAUGGAGUCACCUUCCCUCCCCCUCCCCCGAAUGUAAAGAACCCUUUUAAGACAUGUUGAGAAAGUAUUUUUUGGUAUGAAAGGGUGAAGGGUCUAUAAUGUUUCAGGAAUAAAUUUAGGUAUAAGGCCUGUGUGGGAAAAGUGUGCACAGCACUCAAGAGUUGCUAACAUUACAGUACUUCCUUACUUUGGACCAGGGCUUUUAUGGCAUUUAGUAACAUGGUGCUGAUGAGACAGUGGAGGCUUUUCAACAGCAUAGCACGUUGCCAUCCCAACAGACUGGGUUGAACUGCCAAAAAUGACAAUCAGGGAUUCAUUAAGAAAUCUUGGUCAUUAAAUUGAUUCUACAUAUCUUUUAUCUUCUAAGAGUUUGUCACAGAACUUUAAAACCCAGUAUUUCUCUCCCAGUUUUUUUUCCUUUGGUUUAAUAGUUAUUAAGACAUUGUUCAUAAUUAGCACAGUAUGUUUGAUUGCAGGCAAAUUUAUGGCACGUCUAGCCUAUAAAUCUCUAGAAUUCUGUGAAUUUCAAAACUUGUUGAAAUAGCUCUUCAGUUAUAUUUACAUGUGUUGUAAAUAUGUAAAUACAUUUUUAGUUUAGGUAAUCUUCCAAAAUAUAAAGCACUCCCAGUUAGAUAUCAGUGAAUUGGAAUUAUUGAUAAAAUGUUGAAAAUGUUAAAUGUUUGAUUUUAUAUAACAAGCUUAUUAAAUAUAUUUUUGUGGAAACUAAA